AUGCAGCUCAGCGCAUCUCAGUUACGCUAUCUCAAACCAGUUCAGAUUGCUCUCCGACAGUAUGACGAGAAGCUUCAGGACAUAAACCACAAAAUAUGGUCCAACCCAGAACUUGCAUACAACGAGCACCAGGCGCAUAAUAACAUUUGCGAGCUCUUCGAGGCGCUCAGAUCGGAGGGCUACUCUGUCCGACGCCACGCCUACGGAUUAGACACCGCGUUCGAGAUCGAAUACAAGCAUGGCGACGCCGACAAUGGCCGCGUGCUAACAUUCAACGCCGAAUACGAUGCCCUUCCGGGCAUUGGGCAUGCAUGUGGCCAUAACCUGAUUGCAACUAGCUCUAUAGCUGCCUUCAUCGCUACCUGCGAGGCGAUGAAAAUCGCUGCUCCUGCUGGCUUAGUCUAUACCGUCCGCCUACUCGGAACUCCAGCAGAGGAGUCUGGCGGCGGAAAGAUCCGUCUACUGGACAGCGGUGCAUACAAAGGCGUCAACGCCUGUUUAAUGGUCCAUCCUGCGGCACUGCCACCGGGUCAAGCUAACCUCCUGAGCGUAGCGAAGCCGCCCGAAGGCGGGUUCCUGGCAAACGACAAAGUCCGCGUAACCUUCACCGGGAAACCAGCGCAUGCUGCCGCGGCGCCUUGGGAAGGGGUCAAUGCCCUCGAUGCUGUUGUAGCAGCCUAUGUAAACAUCUCUCUUCUCCGGCAGCAGAUUCUACCCUCUCAGCGGGUACAUGGGAUUAUCGUCAAUGGCGGGGACAGACCGAAUAUCAUCCCCUGGUCAGCGAGCGUGGACUACUAUAUCCGCUCCCCGACUUUGGCAACGCUGAAACCACUGACCGAGAAGGUUGUGAAAUGUUUUGAGGCCGCGGCGACUGCUACGGGGUGUAAGGUGGAAUUCCAGUGGGGUCCCUCAUACGCUGACGUCAAAUCCAACGAGCAUAUCUGCGAGAGCUACGUCUCCGUCAUGCGAGCCAUGGGCCAACAUGUCCUCCUCAAUAGCCCCCAGGGAGCAGGGGGCAGUGCGUCGACAGACAUGGGAAACGUAUCCUACGCAAUCCCCGGCUUCCACGGGAUAUUCUUCAUUUCGGCCAAAAGCGGCAACCAUACUCCGCAGUUUACUGAUGGGGCGGGAUCUCCCAAUGCGUAUAGACGAGCGCUUGAUUGUGCGGCCGGCAUGGCUGUUACCGCUUGCUAUUUUUUGGAUGAUGAUGAUUUCGCCAGGCAGGUUGAGGAAGACUUUUUGCGAGGUGGGUCAUUAUAG